CCACGCGCUGCUAACCAGUCACCACAGAGCAGCAGGCGGUCAGUCUGUCAGUGAGCGGCGGACCGGUGGGUCGUUGUUUCUCCGUGUGUCUCUGUCCUGUAAUGGACCUCUUGUGUUCUUCUCUGUGACAUAAUCAUGUCCCAUUAACGGAUUCGUCUCGCUGGUUCUGGAGUUAAAUUAAACCUUGGUGGUCCCAGCGCUUUGGAGAAAAAUGGAAGCUGUGAGCAAGUGGAACCCGCAACAAGUGGUGGAGUGGAUGAGAGGUCUGGAUGACAGCCUGCAGCAGUACAUCCCAUCCUUCCAACAGCUGCAGGUGGAUGGGGAGAAGCUGCUCAGGAUGUCCCACCAGGAGCUGCUGUCUCUGGGCGUGGCAAGGGUCGGACACCAGGAGCUGAUCCUGGAGGCCGUGGAUCUGCUCUGCGCUCUGAACUAUGGCGUGGAGUCGGACAACCUGAAGACUUUGGUGGGGAAGAUGAGAACAGCGCACCACAACCUGGGCAGCGCCGUGACGCAGCGCAGGAAGAACCCCGCCUACCACAGCAAAAAUUCCAAUCAGCCCACCAAUGAAUUCCUCACCGCCGUGGUCGAACUGAUCGGCACCGCCAAGAAUCUGCUAGCCUGGCUGGACAGGACUCCUCUGUCGAGUGCCAGUGACUUCACCUCAACCAAAGGCAAGAUCAUCCAGCUGUGUUUGGAGCUCACCUCCACCGUCCAGAAGGACUGCACAGUUUAUGAGAUGGAGGAAAAGAUUCUGGAAGUGUCCCAAGCGCUCAACAGCAUCUGUGAGAAGACUGUCCAAGCGACUUCUGACCCUGCAAAAAGGGAAAUGUCCUGUUUGGAGGAGGUUCACAUCACCAAUGUCAAGCCUGGGGAGGGACUGGGGAUUUACAUCAAAUCCACCUACGAUGGGCUUCAUGUCAUCACAGGAACAACAGAGAAUUCUCCGGCAGAUAAAACCCAGAGGAUUCACGCUGGUGAUGAAGUCAUUCAGGUCAACAAACAGACAGUGGUGGGCUGGCAGCUAAAGCACCUGGUGGAGAAGUUGAGGGCAGAGUCUGGAGGUGUUGUUUUGAUGCUGAAGAAGAGGCCCUCUGGACCUUCUGCCAGCUUCGCACCGGCUCCACUGAAAAACCUGCGCUGGAGGCCGCCGCUCGUGCAGACCUCUCAGGGAGCGCCAAGUCUCUAUAAAUCACGAGAGUCAGAAACCUCAGACGCUCCUGGAAAGAGAGGGAAGACGACCAUCUUGGAUUUGUAUAUCCCUCCUCCCCCAGAAGCACCAUAUGUCCCGCUAGAUGGGAACACAAACGUGUUUCCAGGUGUGAAAAUGCGUCCCAAGUCUCCAAACUCGCAUCUGGAUGCAGACGUGCGGCAGCGACGCUUCACUGUAGCAGAGGAAAACCGGACGUCUGUCGCCCCUCCACCUGAAUCCAGCCAUCCUAUCCCAGUUCGCCUCAGGCAGCGCUCCUCCUCACGCUGUAAACCCAGACCCAUCUCCAUGCCUGUGGAGGCAUUUUCAGGCGUGUCUGACCGGCUCUCCAGGCCCAGUUCUCAGGGAAGGAAAGGUAAGGACAUUCUGCACAUGUAUCGGAGUAAUGAGGGCAUCAGCACCAUCACGGAGGAGGAGCCAUGUUUCCCUCUGCCGUACCGAGGUCACCCAUCUGUACGCGGCGUCGACCAUAUCAGGGGCAGCCAGUGCUACAUUAGCGCCAACCUGCACAACACGGCCACCAUACCUUACCAGGAAGUGGGGUCCAAAAAGGCUUCUGCCUCCACCUCUGCCGCUGUCUCUCCCGCUAAGGGUGUAAACAAACAGUCCACGUCGCUGCUCAGUGGUUGGCUGGCUCGACUCAAACUGCUCAGCCACAGCACACUUCAGUUCCUCCUGUGCUGCGCGUCUGUCUGCAGGAAACGCAUUACACUGCCGGACACCCAGACUGCAGAGUCAUCUGCAGCCAUGAGUCGGCGUCGGGUUUCAGUCAAAGACCUGGGAGCGGUGGACUGUCAGGGCUGGCUGCACCGCAAGAAGGAGAGCCGUAGCUUCCUGGGAAGCAGGUGGAAGAGAUACUGGUUUGUCCUGCAGAGGAGCUCUCUGUACUGGUACAGUGACAAGAUGGCUGAGAAAGCUGAUGGAUUCAUCAACCUGUCAGGCUUUACCAUCGAACAGGCCAAAACCUCCAGGAAGAAAUAUGUCAUAACAGCCAGUCAUCCGACUGUUGUGACUAUUAUUAUUGGUGCUGAGAGCUACAUAGAAAUGAAUAAAUGGAUCAGUAAACUAACAGACGCAGCUGAACUAGAUGAGGCAAUCAACAGUGAAGAGCGCUACAGUGAGGGCAGUGAUCAGGAUGAAGAAGACAUAUCGUUUUCUUCUCUUGACUCUCAGCUGGAUUCAGUAGCCACCCAAAAUGGAAACCGUCUUCAGCCUCCCUGGGAGUCUUUAUCCUGCACCUCACUCCCCACUGUCUCCUCAAUAAUCACUGAAAGCAGAAGUAGAACCAGCUCGGCUGCAAGCUCUUUGAGCAAAAACCGAAGACAAAGGCCAGUUUCCGAGGGCGGCGGUCGUCUGUCCUGGCUGGACCUCCCCAAGCAGGAUGAAACCAGCGGAACACAGACUCCUCCUCUAAUUGAUGUUAGAGAGGAAAAAGAGGAGGGCACAGUCAAGGAAAAAAUGCCAGAUGAGAUGGAAAGCCUCUACAACCAUCUGAAAGCAGCCAGCCUCUCUCCAACUGGACAGAAAUUUCAGAGGGACUUCAGAGCCUCGUUUAUCCGGCGAUGUAAGAAUGAAAAAGUCAACGAAAAGGUUCACCUGGUCCGGAUACUCAAAAGCACAUUAAAGGCUAAAGAGUCCGAGCUGCUGGCUUUGGAGCAGAUCCUGAAUGAACCAAAUCUCACAGCGCUCAUGUACAGGGAGUGGAGACUCUCCAACACCAUCCUGCUGCAAGAUAUCCUUCAGCGCAACCAGGAAGCAGAGGGUGCCACAAAGCCCAGACGGGAUAGUGUCUGAGAUUUUAGACCUGCUCAACACUGCUGUACAGUAACAUUUUCACACUUAUGAAGUCUGAAAGACACUGAAAGACAGAAAUGUCUAAACCCCACCAUCAUCCUGUGAUGACAGGAAGUUGGUUUCUACUCUUGAUCGAAUAACAAUGCUACAAGUUUACUUGAGGUUAACCUUUAAACAACGCUUUUCACCUCACUUCUAUUCACGCAGCAGAUUGGAAUGUUUGCGGGUCUUCAAGGCUUAGGAAACACUGUUUUUAAUUUCAAGCCAAAACUUUAAUUUGUAUUUGAUUAAUUUGUAUUUUUUAGUAGGUUUGCUUUAUUUUUGUGGAUGUAUUUUUUAUAUAUGAUUUCUGUUUAUUUUAUUUAAAAAGAGAUGACCUCCACCAAGUAGCUUGUGUGACUUUUUUCAGUUUGUUUCUUUAGCAGGAAUACUCCAAAGGUAAUGAUGGAUCUGCAUGAUGGUUUUAUGUGAAGUGGGGCUCAUUCCAGCUUAGAAGUGACUAAAGUGUUGGAUUCAGGAACUUUUGGAAGGAUUCUUUGAAAUUGGAAAAAAUUAACGUGUUGAGUCACAGCUUCACAAAUACGUUUCAUGUUUAAAUUUUAAAAAUCUGGUAGACAUUAACUCAGUAUAUGGACUGGUUCUUAUUCAGUGCUUUUCUAUCUACUCUUCCUGAGCACUCAAAGCGCUUUAUUCAACACGUUCACACGUAUCCACAUCCACCCUUUUCUAUGUCUAAGUGCUUUCUAUCUAACAUUCACUCUGAUGGAUGCGGGAGCAACUCAGCGUUCAGGAUCUUGCCCAAGGACGACUUGACAUGCACCGGAGCAGCCAGGAGUCGAACCUUCUACGCCUUAACUUGUUGUUGUAAAUAAAAUAUUACAACUAAUCUGGAUUCAGGAGCCGAGUUCAUGUCAGGUGUCCCUUCCAGUUGUCAGCAGUGUUAAAGUUUACUCAAAGUAAAAGCAAAUGUUGACGUUUGCAAAGAUUUAAAUGCAUUUUCAGUGAAAGGAGAAGCGGGAUCUGUUUAUAUUUGUUGAUACUUUUGUUGUGUGAACAAGUCUGAAGCAAUGAUUUUACGGCAGCUUGUUUUCUACCUCUGAACUUGUUCACUGCAGUGUCGUCUUGGGGAUGUCUAACAUUUUUAUCAUCCAACACAAAAAUCCCAUUAAAGCUGGGGCUGCGGUCGAACGCUGGGUUUGAAUCUGCUCAUCAAGCCGAUGCCUUGAUUUAACAUUUACAAUAAUUCAUGCGUUUGUUUUUACAUUCAGGUAUAGGAUACUUCAUCAUACGCGUGCUUUGUUUCCAUGAGCGGAAUGAAAUAACACAGUAAGAACAUGUUCUAUUCAGUCUUCUGAAUGCAAUACAUCUAUAAACUCUAGAAAUGCUGUGAAAAUAUUCUGCUCUCAAAACUAGUGGAAAUGUGGGAACGGGUUCCCAAAAAGCACUGAAAGUAGAACUGGGUCUAAACUGGUGCUGCAUUGGUGAAAGACAGGUUUUAAAGUCUGUAAAUAUUUUGCUUUUUGCUGUAUUUAUUGUACAUUUGCAGUAAAACGUUUGAAGUUU